AUGGCCGAUCUACUUGAGGAGCUGGAAAAUCGCCUCGAUAUUGAGCUCAAGAUCAAAGAUGGCGCCGAGAAUCUGCUGCUCGUGUUUAGCAGCGGGAACCACGCUGGGAUUCCAGGUGCACCGAUUGGCCAGUCGGCCAAUGCCGGUCCAGGACCCAGCUCGGCCGCCAGCAUAAAAGGCAGAGAGGCGUUGCGGAAACAGGUGGAGAGGGAGCUAGAAGCUGCAGACAGAAAGAUAGAAGCUCUUGGUCGCCAGAUUGCAGAGUUGCGAGUUCGAGCCGUGUCACCUGCGCCGAGCACAACUCAGUCAGAAGCUUCCUACGGCUACACUCAACCUGGCAGUGCGCUGGGCUUGCAGUCCCCACGCGGCGGCACGUUGCCAAUGACGCAAAACCAAGAAGCUAUCAGGGCGCCUCCCCUCUUCUACAAUGGUAGUCCGCGAGGCCAGUAUGCCACAUUUACCUCCCAGGAUCGAUCGAUGUACAACACAGCGGGAUUGGACAAGUCUCCCAAUCUAGCUGGGCGAGAGUUGAUUACCGAAGCGUCAAGACGGAGCUCAGAGACGCAAAGAGGUGUCAAGCCAAUCGAGGACGCCGAAGCGGCACGCAACCAUGUGCAGGCAUUGAUGCGUAGCCUCGCUCAGCUUUCAAAGUUGGCGUCCCUGACAGAUGAGUCUGGCGGCGCUGCAAAGGCGUCGAAUGGCAGCGAGUCAUUGUCGUCCAUGGGUCCACCAACUACGCCCUCGAUGACGCGAAGCGCUCAAAGAGCUAGAGCUGCCGCUAUGGCCAAGAGCGAGGCUCAUCAGAGAACUCCUAGCCAUGCGCAUGGUCUGGGAGAUCUUGCACGGCGCAGGCAAAGCGUGUUGACUCAGCUAGCAGGUCUGCUCCGCCGUAACGCCAGAGUAAGGUACGAGACGGAUCCUGGUGAGCUGCUAGAUUGCGUGCUGCCCUGCCUCUCGGACGGCUCUGGCAAGGAAGUGCGCGGGGCGGCCUAUCGGACUCUGCGUUGCGCUCUCAUCAGACCGCCUUGGGCUCUGAUCGCUCGAGCACGUUCCCGAGGUCUCGACAUCUUCUUGAUGCAGACUUUCAUCCGCGAUAACAGAUUCGAGUACGAGCGGGAACAAGCUCUAAAGCUCGUUCGCGCAAUCAUCGACGCGGCAGUCUUGGAUGACUUGAGUCGCACCCCGGAUCAAGACGACAUUAUGAGUAGUGCCGUCAUCAGAGCUCUCGUAGCGGUAGCAGAGCACCACAAUGACAAGCUCAGGCAUCUGUGUCUCGAAACCCUGACGGAGCUUGCGCUCCACGACUUGCCGCUGCUGAUCAGAGGAGGUGGACUGCGGUCGGUCUUGAAUGGGCUCGCGAACGGGCCUCCUGAGUUAGCGCCUGCGCUUGCCCAAGCUGUCUUGCUGCUGGUCGACGUGCCUUCCACCCGCUGCCACUUUGCGCCCGGAAGCGAUGUUGAGGUGGGCUUAUCAGGCUUCACAGAUGCACCCGCCGUCGAUGGAGUCGGUCAAAAUGAGAUGCUGCGCAUCACCUCUCAGGUCGUACUGGUCAUGCUGAGAUCGUGGACCGGUUUGCUCUACCUCUGCAACAAGAAGAGCCACGCUUUGAGGUCUCUUGUAUUGGCUCUGCGAGUCAGCCGUAACAGUGUUCGCGAGGCGAUAUUGGACAUGCUCCAACAGGCCUUUUCGGUCGGGCUGAGCAGCAAGAGCGGGCAAAAAGAACACGAGACUAGGCGAAGCACAAGCACCGCCACCGCGCAGCGCUAUCCCUUUACCGGUGCUCAGCAGGAUCUAUCUGAAGAAGGACGUCGACGCCGCUUGCAUUUAGUCGACCACUAUCUCGCACUGCUUCUCGUCGUCAUGAUCGAUGCAGGUUUGCUUGACGCGGUCGUGCACGUGCUAGAGACGGCUCCGGAGCUCACGAGAAGCGCUUCGAUGCUAAUGGGUCAGCUUGUGCAGACCGCAGACCGCGUACUGCCUCGCAGCUAUGGCGCCGCCGUCCAUGCCUUUCCUCACCUCUUCACCAUGGUCUCACGCUUUGGAAGCGAGCAAGAACGGCAGCGCGCAAUUGGCGCGCUGUCUGCCAUUGAGUCGCACGCCAGAUCACGAGCUCGUGCGCGCAGUUCACAGGACAGCACAUCUGCGCACGGGUUGCCUAGCAGCAUCCGACCUCGCAACCGCGCAGAUUCUGUGGAAGAUGCGCGCCGAAGAGGUGGAGAUAAUUCAAAGCCGAGACAGAUUGUCAUUCUCGACGAUGCCGAAUUUCGAAAUAGACUUGUGGAUACGCAAGUGCUCAAUACCCGCGAUCACACACGCUGGAGCUUUGACAAGCUCAUGGAUCUUUUCGAGGGGCCCCUCAUGAAUGCUAAGAGGCUCGAAGAGGCGACAAGGAGCAUGAAAUUCGCUCGACGCAUCAUAGCCUUUUAUCAGCCCUUUUCGCUUCGAUUUGCGACCAUCCCAAAGACGACUGCCAAUCUGCGUUGGAUCAGACUGGGUUGCGCACUCUUGACGACCUUAUCCUCGUGUCCUGAUGGGCUCAAAUUUCUGGCAGAGACACGAUUCUUGCGAGAGAUUCGAGAAUGUCUAGAACAGCUGCUCCCUCUUGCACCUGCUGGCCAGGUGAUCGGCGCAGGCGAGGCGAUUUUCUCGCGCAUCCGAAUCGUCGAAACACUCACCGGCGGCUACUUUGAGAUGCUCGGCGUGCUGACAAAGACGCCUGAAGGCCUUCGCAUUCUGGAACAGAAUCACCUCUUUACCGCGCUCUACGCUCUCAGCGAGCUCAGAAGCCGCGACGAUCUUAUGCGCUUGAUGUUAGAAAAAUUUGACUACUCCAUCGAAGGACACGCUCGGAUACUGUUCUCAAAGGUCUUGACGUCGACCUACGAGCCAAUGCGCCUGUUUGCCACCCAUCAUUUGGCCUCGCUGAUCAAGAAGAGCGUUCUACCGACACAUUGGGCGAUACGCCUGCUCCUCACUCAACUCUACGACCCUUCUCUUGACGUGCGAGAAGAAGCUGCUCUCAUUCUCAAAGACAUUUGCAAGUCUACAGCGAUGCUCAACAUGGUCGUCUCUAUGAGCCCCGUACUGGAGCACUUGGGUGACUCGAGCCACGCGUUGCUGCUAAUGUUCAUGUCGACUUCUGUUGGAUUGCGAUAUCUACUGCAGGGAGGAUACAUCGAGAGGGAAAUGGACGACUGGUUCCAUCACCGCAAUCAGAGAUACGCCGUGCAGCUCGAAGUCUUACUCGCGCGCGCUUUCAGCAUUCACCAGGCAGACGACGAUCCGAAGCUCCACGAAGAGUUUGACGGUACAGUCCCAACGCACUUCUACGGCGAGCUUGCCAAAACGCACGAGGGCUGCGAAGUUCUUUCCCGCAAGGGUCACUUUGCAGAGUUUGCGCGAUUCAUCCGCUUGCAUGGCAGCGAAUUUGAAGAUCUGGAGAUCAUCGCCAAGCUGAAGAGCAUUUUGUGGGCGGUCGGCAACAUUGGUUCUACAGCUUGCGGACUUCCCUUUUUGGAGAAUGAAGACAUUAUCGCAGUCAUCGUCGACAUUGCCGAGACGUCUCUGGUGCUCUCGGUGCGUGGGACCUGUUUCUUCACUCUAGGCAUGAUUGCUUCUACAGCUCCAGGAGCCGAGCUGUUGCAGGACUUUGGAUGGGACUGUGCCUUCACCACAUUUGGCACUCCCAUCAGCCUUUGCGUGCCACGCAACCUUGAGGCUUUCGUCACUAUCCCACCUUGGCAAGUCAAGACGAGUGCUGAUCUCAGGUAUUUGGAGCUCAAGAAGCCGGACGGCGGCAUUGAAGGCGCAAUCAUGCUCUGUAUCUCAAAUUUGGGUAACUCGGUCCAAGCCAACAAAGCUUCGCGCUCGCUUGCAAAGUUGAGAGCGCAGCACCGAUUCAUGUUCCAAGACCGAUCGCUUUUCUGCCGAGCUCUGGAGUUGCUCGAGAGCCAUCACUAUCGCCAGCCGGUCAGAAAGUUCAUCUGGGAGCUUUUCAACGUUCGCCUUGACGAGCAUCUUGCACUUGACCUGCGCGACAUCCGCAAGCGGCUCGCGGAUCGUAGCCGCACUGCUAGCUCGCAUCCGCGCUCGACGUCCACACUUCGGCAUUUGCGGUCCAGCAGCGAUGGAGCUGGAACGAGGCCUGGCGUAUCGCUUCACGUAAACGGCGCUGCGCGGACUGCAUCUAGACAAGACGUGCUAGAAUCGGAAGAAGAGGAGGUCGAGCUGCUCUCCGAGGCCCAAGGCGAUCGCCGUGCUUCGAUCCUGGACGACGAGGGAGACAUGACAGCAGAUGAAGACGAAUUGAACAGUCAAGCCUCCAUCAGCGUCAUGGCAGAGGGAGAAGACGUUGGCGACGACGCUCUGCUCGAUGAGGGCAUACUCCGGGAUCUGGAUUUAGGUCCACAGGCAAAGUCACGCGCCAAGUUGUACGAACCUCCAACGCAAAGACUGCUGCCGCAUCAUCGCCUUGUGGGCGGCUUCGACACCGCAGACGAGGUGGCCGACAGUUUCCAGCCCUCCGGCCUGCUCGGGCCCAGAACCUCGGCGUCGCGGACAUGA